AUGAAACCAACAUGUUUGAUAUGUGGAGGAACCAUAGCUGUGAUUAAAAGGUAUGACAUUCAGCGGCAUUACAAUACAAAACACAAGGACACAUUCGAGAAGAAAUAUCCACCAGGAAGUGAGGAACGCAAGAAGAGGAUGGAACAUUUAGCUAAGUCUCACGCAAAAUCAGUAGCAGUGUUUCCUAGAGGUGGAACUGCACAGGAGAAAGCAGCAGAAGUCUCCCUCCGAGUCUCAUGGAUUCUUAACAAGAACAAACUUCCAUUCACAGCAUCCGAAGUAGUGAAGGAAUGCAUGGUUGAAACGGCAAAGGUCCUUUGCCCAGAAAAAGUGGAGACUUUAAAAAAGAUUCCCCUUUCUAAUGACACUAAUACAAGACGCUCUGAGGUCUUAGCUAACAACCUUAAAGAUGAACUGCUGGAAAAAUUGAAGGUUGCAGAUGCCAUCUCCCUUGCCAUAGAUGAGUCAACUGACAUCACAGAUGUGGCACAGCUGGCUUUGUUUGUCAGAUUUCUGGAUGAGUCUUCAGGGACAUUCCGUGAAGAGCUUCUCGAAUUGCUACCCCUGACUGGAUCAACAACAAGUAGUGAUAUUUUCAGCACAAUUUCAUCAUUCUUUGAUGCACACGGAAUUUCCAUCGCCAAAGUGAAAUCCCUCCUAACUGAUGGAGCUCCUGCAAUGGUCGGGAAGAAAACAGGCGUGGCAGCAAGGAUGAAGGAGGUUUCACCUGGGCUUCUGUCAUUCCAUUGCCUUAUACACAACUCAGUUCUUUGUGCAAAGAUCAACAACGACUUUGCUGAGCCCCUGAACAAACUUAUUGAAAUUGUGAAUUUCUUGAGAGCCAAAUCAUCCAAGCAACAUCGAGACUUGCGAACCUUUCUACAAGACGAAGAGGCAGAGUACUUUGAUAUUCCUUUGCACACAGCUGUACGAUGGCUUAGCAAAGGGAGGUGUUGA